CAGUACUUUUGCAUGUGAGAAAAUAAAAGAAAGAUACAUCGGUUACUUGUAGACUUCAAACACAAACUACUUAAAAGGUGGAUUUGAUUAACUAACACGUUAAUCAAGUUUCACUAAAACAAAGUUAGCAAAAAAAGUUUCUAUCAACACUUCCCUUCUUCCCCGCGUUGUGUGUCACGUUCCCCACCUCUCCAUUAUCUCUUCCUCUUUUUCAUUUUUUUUGUGUUUCUUAUAUCAGAAAAAGACAAGACAAUGCCUGUUUCUUCAGAGCCUUCAUCUUCUUCAACAACAAUCGGUCAGCACAUCAGACUCCGACCAAGAAAUCUCCCACCAUCUGCCGCCGCCGACGAGCCUUUAGUUCCAAAACCUAGCCGUAUCUCUAAAUCCGCCAUGUCUUCCUUCUUCCUCUUACCAUCUAACGAAACGACUAGGAAGACAACGUCGUCGUUUCGCCGGCUUGGCUGCACUUCCUCCGCGUCUCAGCAGGUUUCCGUCCCGGCGGUGAUCCGCUCCUCCGCGGAUUGGGGUGCGACUAAGACCAAGAGUAAGAACAAGAACAAGGGUACUGGUCGCUAUAGUGGCGGUUCGGUUAAGAUCUUGACCGAGGCAGGAGAUGGAGGAAACGCUUGUGGAGCGGUUCCUGACGUUUGGUGCGGACCCGGUGGUGGGUUUUCGACGGAUGCUGUGGUUGACCCCGUGGAUGCGGAUCCUCCGAGAAGGAAUAUUCCGGCGAGACGCAAAAUCGAUGGUGGUGACAAGAACAUUAGUAGUACUAGUCACAAGUCUAAUCAGACAGAGGGUUCUUCUGUUCCUCCUAGGCGAUCUCAUAAUCAAGAAUCAAAUCCUUACUUUGACUCUGAUUUGACUUCGCGUGGUGAACAGACGCAGACCCUUUUCUCUGAUAGAUAUCAUCGUCAUCUACGACAACCUUACCCUAAUGGGCUCUCCGAGAUGAUGUUGCUACAUAAUGGUCUUGUAAUGGGAGGGGUACUUAGUUCUUACGAUCACUUCCGUGACUUGAGGCUCAACGUCGAUGGCAUGUCAUACGAGCAACUUUUGGAGCUUGGAGAUAGAAUUGGGUAUGUGAACACUGGACUCAAUGAAAAACAGAUCAAAACCUGUCUCCGGAAAGUCAAACCAUUCAAUAAAGAUACACCAUUAGAUGAUAGAAAGUGCAGCAUUUGUCAAGAAGAUUAUGAGGCAAAGGACGAGGUGGGGAAGUUACGAUGUGGGCACAGAUACCAUAUCAGCUGUGUGAAACAAUGGCUGCUGAGGAAGAAUUGUUGUCCUGUCUGUAAAACGAUGCCAUGUGUUUCAAAGUCUUAGAUAGUUAUAUCUCCUCAUGCUUUGAUGAUUCUUUAUUUCGAGAUUGAACCCAAUCACUAUUUUACUUUUAGAUUAUUUAUUUUCUCUUGAUUUUAUUUCAUAAUUUGCUAUUUUAUUUCUGAAAA